AUGGCCAAAGAGUUUGAAGAACUCGCUCUCGAUGGACAUAACUAUCCUACUUGGGCGCUGGAUAUCAAGAUCAGCCUUGCCUCAAAGAACAUUCUGAGUGCAUUGCUACCUCCUGCAGAGAGGACUGAGCCACUGCAUGAUGCCUACAAGUACAACGCAUUGUACAUUCUUAGGCAUCACCUCCAUCCUGAUCUGAAAGCAGAAUACGUGAUGGAAGAAGAGCCAAAUGUACUAUGGUUAUCCCUUAAAGACAGGUACGAGCAACAGAAGGCUGAACCUUCAGAUGCGGAUAAGAUUGAAAAGACACUCCAAACUAUGCUCCCAUCUGAUAGGGCAGAAAAGCACGAUGAGCUUACGAUGAAAAAUCAUAAGCAACGUCGUGUUGGGGCUGCCCCUAUGCCUGAAAUACAUCAUGCUAUGAAAGAUGAGAAGAAAGGAAAUGGCUUCAAAAACCAUUCCAAAUUUUCUGAUAAUUCAAAGAAGCGCAAACGCAACAAGCGUAAGGGUAAGAAAAACACAAAGGCUCCAAGGAAAGACACUACUACUUCCAAGGAUGAGAAGUGUAAGAAGUGUGGAUGCUACAACCAUCCCACCAACAAGUGUCGCACUCCUCGCCACUUAGUGGCUCUGUACCAGCAAGCUCUCAAAGGCAAGGCUGCAGAAGGACAGGAAUACGAAGCUCACUUCGCCACUCCAUCAAACUUGAAGGCUGAUAUUGGAAAUCCAAGCAUGAGUCAAAAGGAACCAUGCACUUCCAACCUUCCACUCCUGACCUACACUGAGCCAAUGGACAUAGACAAUGUCAGCGUCGACUAUAGUUUGGAUGACGCUUUUGGAGACCUCAACUAG